AUGGCGGAGCCGCACAGGGUGCCCUUCACCACCCUGCACGGCCCGCUCGGCCCCGGCGCCCUCAAGAAGCCGCGCAGGGAGGACGCGGAGCCGCCCGCCGAGGCCGAGCCGCCCGCCGCCGCCGUCCGCAUCACGCUCACGCUCUUCGAGCCCGACCACAAGCGCUGCCCCGAGUUCUUCUACCCCGACCUGCUGAGGAGCAGCCGAGGCAAAGCCAAGGGCAGCUCCUCGGGAGACAAGAGGAAAGAGCCUGCUGAUCCCUUGAAUGAUGAAGAAAAGGAAAGGCAUAAAGUGGAGGCUCUUGCUAGGAAGUUUGAAGAAAAAUAUGGUGGCAAGAGACGUAGAAAGGACCGUAUUCAGGACUUGAUUGAUAUGGGGUAUGGAUACGACGAAUCUGACUCCUUCAUUGAUAAUUCUGAAGCAUAUGAUGAGCUUGUUCCAGCUUCUCUAAAUACAAAGUAUGGAGGGUUUUACAUCAACUCAGGAACACUGCAGUUUCGGCAAGCAUCUGAUGAUGAAGAUGACUACAUUAAAGAGAAGAAGAAGAAAGCUCCCAAGAAGCGGAAGUUGAAAGAUGGAGGUGAAAAAAUGAAGAAGAAGAAGAAAGAUGAUUCCUAUGACAAGGAAAAGAAAUCAAAGAAGUCCAAGUUCGCAAAGGCCGGCUUUACAGCAUUAAAUGCGAGUAAGGAGAAGAAGAAAAAGAAAUACUCGGGAGCUCUUAGUGUCAAGGAGAUGCUAAAGAAGUUUCAGAAGGAGAAGGAAGCUCAGAAGAAAAGGGAUGAAGAGCCGAAGGUGUCUCCUUCAGCAGCAGAAGCUCCAGCCCCACGGGAGGUGGAGACGAUGGCUGACCCGUUGCUCUCGCUCUUUGGGCAGGCCAGUGACAAUGACCUGCUUCAGGCAGCUACUGCUAUGGACUCAUUAACUGAUCUCGACUUGGAGAGGCUCCUCAGCGAAUCCCCGGAGGGGAGUCCCUUUGAUGAGGUGGAGGAUGGCAGCGAUCCUCUUGGGGUGGGCUUAGAGCAGGACUUGAAGCAGCCGCCCUCCCUCCCGGAAGGACUGCCAGCCCCUCUGGAGAAGCGUAUCAAGGAGCUCACUCAGGCUGCCAGGGCUGCAGAAGGAGAAGGAAAGCAGAGAUUCUUCACUCAGGACAUCAACAACAUCAUACUGGACAUAGAGCUGCAGACCCGGGAGCUGAACAGCCAGAUCCGCUCAGGGGUGUACGCCCAUCUGGCUGCCUUCUUCCCCUGCAGUAAAGACACUCUGGUCAAACGUGCCCGUAAGCUUUAUCUCUAUGAGCAGGGUGGCCGAUUGAAGGAGCCUCUACAGAAGCUAAAAGAUGCCAUUGGUAGGACCAUGCCAGAGCAGAUGGCUAAGUACCAGGAGGAAUGCCAAGCCCAUACUCGGGCCAAGUUUGCCAAGAUACUGGAAGAGGAAAAGGACAAAGAGCAGCGAGAUCAUGUUUGCUCUGAUGAUGAUGACGAUGAAGAAAAGGGAGGCAAGCGCGUCAUCGGACCUCGAAAGAAAUUUCAGUGGAAUGAUGAAAUCAGGGAGCUGCUUUGCCACUUGGUGAAGAUUAAAUUGGAUGGCUAUGAGCUUGAAAAGAAUAAGGCUCAGUCUCUGGAGGAUUAUAUGAAGACCUUCCUAGAUGCAGAGGUGAAACGCCUCUGGCCAAAAGGCUGGAUGCAGGCCAGGACACUGUUUAAGGAGAGCAGGCGUGUACACGGACACCUCACAUCAGUCCUGACAAAGAAGAAAACAGUUAUGCCCCCCACUAAGAUGAAAGUGAAGGAAUCUUCCUGUAAACCAGAUAAGAAGCUGCCAGUUCCUGUGAGGCACUCGAGCAGCGCCCUGGCACUGUCCUCAGAGCCCCAGGGAGGAGCUCUCAGCAUCAGCACCCAGACCAGAGAACUCUUGUCCCUUGGGACAGCCCAAGCAGCCAGCAGCGCUAGCACCCCUGCUACCUUCAUGGAUGACUCUUUGGAUGAGGACUUAAUUCAUAAUCCCACUUCUUCAAUUGAAGCAGUCUCUAAAGAACUGGCUGUGCUGAACAGCAGAGCAGGAGGAAGCCCUGACUUUACUCUUCCUGGACCCGCAAAAGCUCCAUCAGAGAAGAUCCCAACUCUUGCAGCUGCAGAGGAGAAGAGGACAUUUCCAAAGUCCAAUGCUUCCCCUAUACCACCUCCUGCUGGUUCCCUCCAGUCUCCUCUAAAUUUCCUGGCUGAGCAGGCCCUGGCAUUGGGUCAGUCAUCUCAAGACAAGAAGACAGAGAGCUCCAAUGUCAAAGAGCUCUCCUGCCAAGUUUCCCCCAGCAAAAUCCUUCCUGAUGCACACCAGUCUAAACAGAAACACCACAACCUGCUCCGACCCAGCCACGGGCCUCAGACCUCCAAUCCAGUGCCAGGUGCUCCGGUGAAGGUCUUUCACUCAAGCAACCAACCACAGAAAACGUUCACAUCCCCAGCUCCAUUUGUCAAACUGCAAAACCCCAAGUCCUCUUCCCCGCUGCCCCAACGCUCCCUGCUCCAGCAGGUCAAGUCAUCAACCAAAGCUCAGAGCUUCCAUUCCUCUGCUUCUCCAAGCAGUACCCCAACCUCCAGCAGUUCCCACAAGAGCUCAGGCUCCUCCUCGUCGUCUCUCAACUAUACGGGAAAGCACUCAAGUGGCUCUAGUUCUUCAGGACAAUCUUACAAAGCCCCCUUUGUUUCUGGCUCCCUUUCCAAGCAUGGGGCCUCUUCCAGCAGCUCCUCAUCUGGAGCCUCUGCAAACCAGGGCUGCUCCUCUGGUAGCCUGCUGCCUGGUGUGCAGACCCCUUCCUUGGGUCAGGCGUCCAGCCGCUCGUCCCCAAGCUCCUCUGUGAAGAAAACACCCGUUUCCCAGAAGCUGACUCUGGUAGCCCCUCCUGGUGGCUCAAAUGGAGAUUCCAGCGGGGGGACUCAGGGGGUGGCCAAGUUACUGACCUCCUCCCUAAAGCCAGCUGUUGUUAGCAGCGCUGCAUCUUCUACCUCUGUGCCGAAAGGAACUAGUGGAGCUGUGCUGCUAACCAGUUCUUCCUCCUUAAGUGUACUGUCUCCAUCCUACAAGUCCAGCAAUCCCAAGCUGCCAGCUGCUCUGAGCUCCACCCCUUUAGGUAUUAUCUCUCCUAUUCAUUCCUUCCCUCUUCAUGUCAUCUCCUUCAGUUCAGACUCCUCCCCGAAAGCAGGAGUAUCAAAGGAUGCAAUAGUUACGGGACCAGCCCCAGGAACUUUCCACCAUGGCCUUGGCCACAGUCUUCUAGCUGGCUUGCACUCCAGCCCCCACCAUGCAGCACCACUCCCACAUUCUGCCCUGUCCACUCAUUUACCGCAGAGUUUGCCAGAUGCUCCUCAGCUUCACGGCAAAGGGUCCAACGCCCAGCAGCGCAAGUUGUGACACCGGCGAGGAGGGGAGCUAGAGCACACAGAGGAUAAAACCAAGAGGAUGGCACACGAAGACUGCAUACCGGCUGUGUCUUUUUCUCACAAAAACUGGAGAGACUGAACUGAAAAAAAAAAAGAACUCAUUGGUGCAUUUGCUCAGAGGCUUUCAGAGCAAAGGCCUUACACCAAGGGUCAUCUUGAGCCAUGCCCUAAUGAGAGGAACGUUUGUAGCACUGUUUUAUUGCUGCUGCCCUUCACGCAUUCCCUGGCACUGGCGCGCGCUAGAAGCUGCACGGAGGCUUGGGUGGCUUGGCCCAAGUCCAGCGCUGGGGGUGGAUUCCCACCUACCUGGGUCUGCAUCUGCCAAGUACCUCCAGGUCCAGUAACCUCCGUGGUCACCCGGCGGAGGCUGUGAAAGGUGCUUCUCUCUGCUCUGAGUUUACCUGGAUAAUUCUAGCACUGCCAGUGCUUUCUGAAGACGUUUGACUAACUUUUCAACCGUACUAUAAAACUGUGCUACACUUAAUUGGAGGACUUAACUUUUCCUGUGUGGCUAAUCUAACAAGCCACCUGAUGUUCCCCUCUGGAGGAGAAGGAAGACUCUUUAGAGAGACAUUUCUAGAUGCACUCAUGAACAUCAAGAAUUCAACUUCUUUUGUUCUUUGGAGAUUUUUCUUC